GAAGCAACUGCCCCACCACUUUCCUGACGUCACUUGCUAUAUAAAAAGCAGACAGCACCUUCAGUGUUUUGACCUCGUUCAUACUUUAUAAGCUCAAUUGGGAUUCACAAAUUCUCUAAACAAUUCGAUUCUUCAAUAUGGCCAUCUCUCCAGAAUCUCUCGCUCAAAUUCCGGCGUCAUUCGCCAGUGUCUCUGUUGGAACAUCUUCAACCCCUCUUCCUUCAAAACUUGCUGCAAUUUCUUCCGCAGGCUUCACAGCCAUUGAACUUGGAUUUCCUGAUCUCCUUUCCUUCGCUUCGACCUUUCAUAAAAAGGAAAUCAAAGAAAAUGACUACGAUUCAUUAUGUUCAGCCGGAACCGAAGUCAAAAAGCUAUGCGAGAAGAACAAUUUGGGGAUAAUGAUGUUACAACCAUUUUCGAACUUCGAAGGAUGGCCAAAGGGAUCGAAUGAAAGAAAAGAUGCUUUUGAGCGGGCGAAGGGGUGGAUUCGUAUCAUGGAGGCUGUGGGUACCGAUAUGUUGCAAGUGGGGAGUUCGGAUUCGCCAGAUAUCUCGUCAGAUUUCCAUGUUUUGGCGGAUGAUUUGAGGGAGUUGUGUGAUUUGCUUGCGGAACAUAAGUUUCGUCUUGCUUACGAGAAUUGGUGCUGGGCCACCCACGCUCCCACCUGGUCAUCCGCUUGGGAAAUCGUCCAACUAGUCGACCGCUCUAACAUCGGCCUCUGUCUCGAUACCUUCCAAACCGCUGGCGGCGAAUACGGCGACCCAACCACUUCUUCAGGACUCAUCUCGCACUUAGGAACCCAAGCGAAACUCCACAUGAAUUUCACCCAAUCCCUGCAAUCCCUCACCACCACCGUCCCCCCUGAGAAAAUUUACCUUCUCCAAAUCUCCGACGCGUAUAAACCGCCCGUACCUAUCCCCACCACCCCUGCUGAGAAGGAAAAGGAAGAGCUGAGGGCCAGGGGUAAAUGGAGUCAUGAUUUUAGACCAUAUCCAUACAACGGAGGUUAUCUACCAAUAGUAGAAGUAGCGAGAGCAGUGCUCGGAACGGGAUUCAGAGGAUGGUUCAGCAUGGAGGUUUUUGAUGGGGGUGCGAACGGAAAAUGGGAGGGAGUUGAGAAUAUGGACUUAGAAGCAUUUUGUAAGGGGGCUAUGGAGGGUCAUAAAAAGCUGUUGGAAGAAUGUGGGAAUCCUCCUAGUACGGUGAAGAAGCUUCUGGGUUGAGGAGGAAGCGAAGUUGACGAGGAUGUUGGGAAUAUCAAAAUUGUACAAACAAAAUAUCGGUUGCCCAUGGCGUCAUUCUAGACAAUGACAUCCAUCCAUGGAGUUACGUUCAAACAUAUACUUGGCGGGACAACAGCACGAAUACCAAAACUGACAUUUACCACCCA